AUGCCGCCGCCUGCGCCGCCGCGGUUCUUGCCUGUCGCUCUCCUUCUCCUCGUGGUGGUGGUGCCCGUCGCGCUGCCGGCGAGGGCGGCUGGGCAGGGGCUCCGGGCGAGGGACCUGCUGCCGCGCGGGCUCGCGUCGUGGCCGGCGGCCGUGAUGAGCGGCGGCGGCAGCAGCGCCGUCCACAGCGCCCUCGACCUCCUCCCGCGGUUCGUCGCCCACGUCGCGCCGGAGGGGUCCGCGGUCGCCUGGCGCGGCACGUGCUUUGCGGAGAACGAGGCCGUCCUCAGCCUCACCCCUACCUCCACUACCGCAGGCGGCCGCAACGGCACCUCCACUGGCCUCGGCGGCGCCGUCCUCCGCCUCAAGACUGCUUCAGCUCAGAGCUGGACAUGCAUGGACCUGUAUGUGUUUGCGACGCCAUACAGGAUAGGAUGGGAUUACUAUCUUACAGCACAGGAGCACGCCUUUGAGAUCAAGGCAUGGGAGGAAGAAGGAGAAAUGGAAUAUGUAAAGCAGCAUGGCAUUGCCAUAUUUCUCAUGCCAUCUGGAAUGCUGGGGACAUUGUUGUCUCUGAUUGAUGUCAUACCUCUGUUCUCAAACACUAAAUGGGGGCAGGAUGCCAACUUGGCCUUUCUUCAAAAGCACAUGGGAGCUUCGUUUGAGAAACGUACCCAGCCUUGGUCUUCUAACAUUAGAAAAGAGGACGUACACUCUGGUGACUUUCUUGCUCUUUCAAAGAUCCGAGGACGAUGGGGUGGAUUUCAGACAUUAGAGAAAUGGGUGACUGGUGCAUUUGCUGGCCACACUGCUGUUUGUUUGAAAGAUGAGAAUGGCACUCUCUGGGUUGCAGAGUCAGGCUAUGAAAAUAAAAAGGGUGAAGAGGUCAUUGCUAUAGUUCCAUGGGAUGAAUGGUGGGGAAUGGCACUUAAAGAUGACUCAAAUCCUCAGGUAGCAUUUCUGCCAUUGCACCCUGAUGUGCGGGCUAGGUUUAAUGAAAGUGCUGCAUGGGAAUUUGCCCGAAGCAUGUAUGGCAAACCCUAUGGAUAUCAUAAUAUGAUAUUUAGUUGGAUUGAUACGAUGUCAGACAAUUUUCCACCACCACUGGAUGCUAACCUGGUAAUGGCAGUUAUGUCAAUGUGGACCAGAUUACAACCACUUUAUGCCUCUAACAUGUGGAAUGAAGCCCUUAAUAAACGACUUGGGACCGAGAAAUUGGACCUUCAUGGGAUCAUCACUGAGACAGGAAAACGGGGCAUGUCUUUCAAUCAGUUGCUCACCAUACCCGAGCAGGAUGACUGGGAAUACAGCGACGGCAAAUCAACCACCUGCGUCGCCUUCAUUCUCUCAAUGUACAAGAAGGCCGGGGUCUUUGCUCCUUUCACAGAAUCAAUCCAGGUCACGGAAUUCACUAUUCGAGACGCGUACAUGCUCAAGAUCUUCGAGGACAACCAUACGAGGCUGCCAAGCUGGUGCAACCACGAGGCAGACAGGCUGCCCUUCUGCCAGAUCCUCGGUGAAUACAAGAUGGAUCUGCCGGAGUACAACACGAUCGAGCCCUACGCCAACAUGAACGAGAACUGCCCCUCCUCGCCGCCCACCUACACGAGGCCGCUGGGAUGCUGACCGCAAAUAUCAGUUCAGACCUUUUAGGAAAUAUUUUCAGAUGGAGCUGUGCUGUGCUAGCUGAUGAACAAUAUCUAGGCCAGAGUGUCAGUGUAAAUAAACUGAUCUGUCGUGCUCAGAGAUGCUACUGCUGAAGUGCUGAUGUGAAUGCUGAUUUUCCUGUGGUAAACUACAGGUAUGUGCUAUGGACUUCGAUGAAAUAUGAACAGGAUGUCGGUUAAUUGUCACCUAAGCUAUAACCUUGACAUCUGAGUAAGCAAAGUA